CAAGAUGUGGAGGGCUGCACUGACGGAAUCAGUAGCCACAGCCUGCCUGAUGUUCACUCUAACAUGUUCCAUCAUAUCCUGCCUCGACUCGGGCGAGGUCGACCCAAAGCUUCUAGUCCCAUUCGCAGUAUUCAUAGUAGCAUUCCUUUUCCUAAUCGUAACAGUUCCAUUAUCUGGUGGCCACAUGAGCCCAGUCUUCACCUUCAUAGCCGCCUUAAAGGGAGUCAUAACUCUUUCUCGGGCCUCCAUCUACGUCUUAGCCCAAUGCAUUGGGUCCAUCUUGGGCUUUCUUGUGAUAAGAAACGUUAUGAGCCCAAGCGAUGCAAGAAACUACUCUCUUGGUGGCUGCAGCGUAACCGGUCACGGUGGCGCGUCAGGGGUAAGCGCCGACACAGCUUUGGUAUUGGAAUUUGCUUGCACAUUUCUUGUGUUGUUCAUCGGCGUGACUGUGGCGUUUGACAAAAGACGGUGCAAGGAACUUGGGCUCGCUAUGGUUUGUGUCAUUGUGUCUGGGUCCAUGGGCCUUGCUGUUUUUGUGUCCAUUACUGUAACUGGACGACCAGGCUAUGCGGGUGUGGGCCUAAACCCAGCAAGGUGUUUGGGCCCAGCUUUAUGGUUUGGGGGUGGGUUGUGGGAUGGGCAUUGGGUUUUUUGGGUUGGACCCUUUAUAGCUUGCUCUUUGUAUUAUGUAUUGUCUGUGAACUUGCCCAAUGAGGGCUUGGUUUGGGUUGAAGGAGAGUACGAUUUUGUUAAUUUGACAGGGGCUUGGUUUGGUGGUGGGAGUGGUCGUUUUCCUAAUCUUGAAAGCCAAAAAUAA